AUGGAGCAGCAGGACGCGUUGGUGGACGUGAUCCGCGCUAUCAUCGGGCCCCGUGACGUUUCGCGAGAGCGUAUUUUGGAGUUUCUGGGGCAGGCUGGAAACGACCCUAACAAGGCCGUGGACCUCUUCUUUCAAUCAGAGGCGGCUAAUGGUGCGGAAUUCAAGGUUAACGACGUGGAAGGCUCUGACGAAGAGGACGGAGAAGACAUGUCAUGGGCCGAAACGUCUGCACUUCCUCGCAAGGCGCUGUCCAUCGACGGCGACGCUCCUGCUGAGUGGACACCCAAGGCUGAAGAGCUCAGUGGACUGUUGGGCGGGGAAGUUAAGCGCGAUGUCAUUCUGAGUCUGCUCAGGCGCACCAACAACGAUCUGAAUAAAGCUGUGGAGAUCUAUUUCUCGGAGAACGGAGCAGAUGCUGAAUUUGACGAAGGAAGCGACGAAGAGGACGAAGCUGCUGGCAAGAAGACGCCUGUCAACAGUGAGAACGGGAUAGAGCCCCCAUCGCCGUCUUCUGGUCCUAUCAGAACAGUCGCGCCGCCUUCGGGUGCUGUAAAAACCCCGCAAACACCUUCUCAAUCUUCCGCGGCGAUGCCGUUGUCUCCAUCAGCAUUGACAUCCAUUAAAUCACAUCAGCUGACCCCACUAUCGUCACCUGUCGCUAAGGAUAAAGAGCUGUUGUAUGGUCCUGGAACAUACGAAGUCGUCAUGUCGAGCAGUAACUUCCGCUGGCAGAUUGGCAACGUGUUUGGACGAGCUGUUGUGCAACAAGUGCAACCUGGCGGCCCAGCGGCUCUUGCUGGUAUCCAGAAAUCGGACGUGCUGCUUUCAUUCCGAGAAACGGUGCUGAACGAAGAGAAUUGUACUGCAGUUGUACAGCAGCUUUCCAAAGAGCGUGUUCUUGUCCCGUCUGCGCUUCGAUUUCGUCACAGUGACGGCGACGUUGUGAUGGCGUCAGUGGAUGAUAAUGUUGUUGCAAAGGGCCCUGUGGAUCCAAAAUACGGCCUUCAAGUCCUGUGUCAGGCUGUGGAGUCCAUGGAGGAUGCUGUGGCUGGACCAUCUGCAGUGGAAUUUAAGGUACUGGUGGACCUGCUUCUCAAUUCAGAAUUUAGUUUGGAUCGCGCUGUGAACACGUUCCUGACCGAGGACCGCAUUGUAAGUGACUUCCGUGGAAUUAUUGGAUGCGAUUGGGAUCCAGAACAGCCCGUGUCGUCUGUAAUGGGUGGCAACACGCCCUAUCCUGCGUCUAUUCCUGCAGGACCACUUGGUCUGACGGUCGAGAACAUCCUAGAGCGGACGAUUGUCGUGGAUAUCAAGUCUGGAGGUGCUGCGGAGCGUGCAAAUGUAAAGCGCUCGAGCUGGCUCGUUGGUCUGAAUAGCCAACGAGUUACGCACCUCACGCACAAAGAGACACUGCGGUUAAUCGAGACCGCUACGAGGCCGUUGCAGCUGGAGCUUGUGAUUGUUCCUCCUGAUGACUACAAGGCACUCCGCAGACAACUGUCAAUGAACAUUCGUCAGCAGAAAACGGAACGCCCCAUCCCCGAGCAGGAUCGAAUGUCUUUCCGUGUCUUCCAGAUGAAGAUUCAUCAGGGUGUACUGGCUUUCCCGAAGAUUGUGACCAAGGCUCUUUUCCAAUACCUCAGUACCGAAGAGUAUCACCCGCCGACGAAGGAUCCACAGUACCCGAACCCGUUGGAUAGAUUACUUCCGGACAACGAAACGUGGGACGCUGCUUUACUACAGGAUAUUGAGACGAUGGAAGAGGAGCGUGUGGGUGAAAUGUGUGCCGAACGCAGAUUCCUGCUGAACCUGUUUGCCUCUAUCCACGACUAUGAUGAUAAGGGUGAAAGCACUGUUAUUCGGACGAUUCAAUUCCUGGGAUGGCUUGCAGUACGCACAGCAAAGAUGCAACAUUUUGUGGAUGCAAAGGAGCCAGAGUCUACUAAUGGUGAACGAGUUGCCAAGCGCCACCGUUAUGAGUUGUUGCUUGCAGUUGUACUUCACGUACUCGAGAGCUUAUCGAUUAUCGAAAAUCAUGCAACAUGGGACGUCAUGGUGAACGCGCUGAAGAUGCUGAUCCUUUCGUUAACGGAUGUGGACGUGAUUAAGCUGUUGGUCCCGAUGUUUGCACGGCUCAGUAUUAGUUCAAGCCCCACGGCAAGAAUUGUCCCUGUCGCGCUACUGUCUAUGGUUUACCCACACGUUGGUGGCGAUGUACGUGUUCAACUCCGUGGAAUGCUCGACCGUAUGUGCAACGAUGAUAAUCCGCUGGUGCGUCGCGCCGUGACUUCGGUUAUUGGUGACUUGGCAGCAGCAGGUGGAUCUUCUGUUGCUGCGUGGACAGUCCAACUGUUAGAGAAAUCGACGGCGGAUAGUCAUGACAUUGUUCGUAUUUUCGCAGUGAAAGGCUGCAUCACACUAGCCACCACCUUGCGUCGUCUACUUCUUGAAGACCAGAACAAGUCGCAGAAGGAGGCGGAGCAGACAUUACGUCUGCUUUAUUGUCAGAUGGUGCCGAUGGUGAACACCUACACGUCAGACUCUUCGUGGCAAGUGCGUCUAGAGACUGCGCGGACCUUGCCUGCGUUUUGUCGAGCGUUUGGGGCCGAGUACACAGACAUUUUUGUCGAUCAUUUCGUGUCGAUGGUUGGUGAUCCGACUGUGGAAGUGCGUCGAGCGUGUGCAGAGGGUUCUUUUCUUCUUGGAGAGGCGCUUCGAGAUAUUGCUGUGCAGCAAACGGCUGCGUCUAAACCGGACGACUCUGCUACAGAAGAAGUUCAUAAUGCGAACGGCGAGAGCUCCGAGUUUGUGACUGCUGCUCAAGUCAAAUUUGUACGCAGUGUAUUGCCGGCAACGUACACGCUUUCAACCGACGUUUCUGUGGCUGUAAGACUGUAUUUGGCGCAAUCAGUUGGUCGCUCGUUGCAGUUCAUCGGUAGCAAUUACUACGAUGAGUUGGUCCCGAUCUUCACGCAGUUUUUGGAUGAAAGUCAAGACGCAACUGUGCGCGCGUCGCUUUUGGAAGAGAUGGCGCGUUACUGCGACAGCUCAGCAGAUACUGUGACCGCUAUGAUCUUCCCAGCCAUCCAAGCGCUACGUACCUCCGUGCAAUGGCGAGUCCGUGUAAAGUUUGUUCAUUGCGUGGCUGCCUGGGCCGAGCGUGAAGAUGGUGCUACACUGCCUGCUGACUUCGCUGAUGCCUGCUUGGAACUCUUGGGUGACGCAGUCAAUGAAGUUCGUGCUGUGGUGUGCGAAAAGCUUUCUUCUCUUGGGAAGUCGUUAGGUAGUGAGUGGGUGGUUGAAAAGUGCGUUCCUCGGGUGUCCGUGUGUCUUCACUCCACCUUCCAUGGACGGCUUACGGGAUUGCUGGCGGUGGAGCUCCUGGCUCCAGAGUUGCAGAAGAUGGAUAAAUUAAGAGACGUCAUCGAGAUGGUGCUGGAGCAGUGUACGUCCCAGACAGCGAACCUCCGCUUCCGCUCACUGCGUACGCUUGGUCUGAUUGUACCGAGACUGAACGACCCGCCAACCACGGAAAGCACGCUAGAGAUUGUCCGCCCUCUAGCUCUUGCCGAAACGGAAGCCGACCUGGAUGUACGUGAAGCUGCGGAAGCCACACAGGCACUGCUGGAAGCCGUGCUGAACUAGUGAAUUGAGUCACCUUAAAGCUCAAAUUAACCCACUUAUGAGAUCCUGUCUUGAAGUGCAGAGUGCUGAACACUUA